UGAGUCUCUGAACCGUGUAGGAAGGAGGUGCAUUGGUCCAUUAUCCGUUGUUAAUGGAAAUGGAAGUGGAAGUAGCACUUCCAUUUUCCAAUUUCCAAUUUCCAGUGGAGUAGAACACAUUCAUUCAAUUGCAAUUUUUUAUAAUUUCAUAUAUCCUCCAAUAUUGCUGGUGGUUAGCACUCACAAGAGACAGGCUCAACUACCAGACAAAUUUUCCAUUCCCGGCAUCUCCUCCAAACCUACGUACCCCAGAUACCCUAAAUUCGAUUCAUACACAUAACACAACACAACCUCGUUCCUUUGCUGACCAACUCGGUUGUUGUUUUUUUCUUUCACUUUCACCUAUGGUUAUGGCUUCUUUGAUUCAGUUUUCCCCAACUCCCCUCUCCUCUGUUCCCAUCACUACCCGUUUCACCCGGACCCACAAGUCUCGCCUUCGUUGCUCCUUAGAUGCUAAUGUUUCCGACAUGAGCGUUAACGCGCCAAAAGGGUUGUUUCCUCCGGAACCAGAACAUUAUCGAGGACCGAAGCUGAAAGUGGCAAUUAUUGGAGCUGGACUUGCAGGCAUGUCAACUGCAGUGGAACUCUUGGAUCAAGGACACGAGGUGGAUAUAUAUGAGUCAAGGCCUUUUAUUGGUGGCAAAGUUGGUUCUUUUGUUGACAAAGGUGGGAAUCACAUUGAAAUGGGAUUGCAUGUUUUCUUUGGUUGCUACAACAAUCUUUUCCGAUUGAUGAAGAAGGUGGGUGCGGAUAACAAUCUACUUGUAAAGGAUCACACUCACACUUUUGUUAACAAAGGGGGUCAAAUUGGAGAACUAGAUUUUCGCUUCCCAAUUGGGGCACCAAUACACGGGAUAAGGGCGUUUUUGUCCACAAAUCAGCUUAAUACUUAUGAUAAGGCUAGAAAUGCUGUGGCUCUUGCACUCAGUCCAGUUGUCAAAGCUCUUGUUGAUCCAGAUGGUGCACUGAGGGACAUAAGGAAUUUGGAUAGUAUUAGCUUUUCAGACUGGUUUUUAUCCAAAGGUGGCACACGCAUGAGUAUUACAAAAAUGUGGGAUCCAGUUGCCUAUGCCCUUGGGUUUAUUGACUGUGAUAAUAUCAGUGCCCGCUGCAUGCUCACCAUAUUUGCAUUGUUUGCCACAAAGACCGAGGCUUCCCUUUUGCGAAUGCUGAAGGGUUCACCAGAUGUUUAUCUGAGUGGCCCCAUCCGAAAGUACAUCACAGACAGAGGGGGCAGGUUCCAUCUUAGGUGGGGAUGUAGAGAAGUACUUCAUGACAAAUCUGCUGAUGGGAGUAUUUAUGUUACAGGACUUUCCAUGUCAAAGGCUACUGCCAAGAAAAUUGUGAAAGCUGAUGCUUAUGUAGCUGCUUGUGAUGUCCCUGGAAUUAAGAGAUUACUUCCAUCAAAGUGGAGGGAACAGGAGUUUUUCAAUAACAUAUAUGAACUAGUUGGAGUUCCUGUAGUCACAGUGCAACUUAGAUACAAUGGUUGGGUUACAGAGUUGCAGGAUCUAGAAAAGUCAAGGCGACUGGGGAAAGCUGUUGGGUUGGAUAACCUUCUCUAUACACCCGAUGCAGAUUUUUCUUGCUUUGCAGACCUUGCACUUUCAUCUCCAGAAGAUUAUUACAUUGAGGGACAAGGAUCAUUGCUCCAAUGUGUUCUGACGCCAGGAGAUCCAUACAUGCCCUUACCAAAUGACGAAAUUAUUGCAAGGGUAGCAAAACAGGUUUUAGCGCUGUUCCCAUCAUCUCAAGGUUUGGAAGUCACUUGGUCUUCUGUUGUUAAAAUUGGUCAAUCUUUGUACCGUGAGGGACCUGGUAAAGAUCCAUAUAGACCUGAUCAAAAGACGCCAGUGAAGAAUUUCUUUCUUGCUGGAUCUUACACAAAGCAGGACUACAUAGACAGCAUGGAAGGUGCAACCUUGUCUGGCAGACAAGCUUCGGCCUAUAUCUGUGAUGCAGGGGAAGGAUUAGUGGCAUUGCGGAAGAAGCUCGAUGAUGAGUUUAAAGACGACUUAACAAUAUCAAAUACUAAAGAUGAAUUGAGCCUAGUAUGAUAAAUUUCCACGAGGUGGUCACGUUGACAUGAAGCUAGCUCGUUCUUUUUCCAUGCAACAUUUUACAAUGUAUAUUCAAUCCAAAAAUAAUUUCAGAACUGAUUGUUUCGAAGCAAGUAGUGUUGUUUAUAGUUGUAAUAUCCGGUGUCUAUAAAUUGUGAUUCCUAUCCAGCCAUUGACAUUCUUUACGCUGCAAUUUUUUCUUUUCAA